AUGCAGCAAAAUUCAACGAAUCAUGAAGAUGGUUAGCCUAAUAAUAUCGUUGAUAAUUUAGAAUUCUAAUCUGUUCUUGACAGUAUUGUUAGUUUAAGUAUUUUUAAGUUUAAAAUCUAAAUGAUGAUUAAUUUCAAGAAGAAAUACAAGAAUAAAAUAACCACAUUUAAGAGAGUAAUAAGGAAUAAUAAAACAAUUUAAAUAUAAUACAUUAAGAAAUAUAAAAAAUUGAUGAAUAAAGACCUUAACCUGAAUUGGAGGGUGAAUUUUACAAAGUUAGUCCUCAUUUUUUAGAAACAAAUUCUGUAAAAUAUAUAUCAUCUACUUUUCCAGACAUAUUAUUGCACUUUAUUUUCAAGAAGAUUUACAUAUUACAACAUCAAAAAUAAAGAAAAGCCUUUAGGAAUAUUAGACUUUGAUUAUUAAAAAUACAUAUUUUCAUAUUUGAAAUCAAAGGAUGACACUUAUAUUCAGAGUUUCAUGUAUACAUUUAAAUAUAAAAGAUUAUAGCCAGAAGGUUGUGAGAAGAAAUUCGAAUUUGUAGUCCCUACUAGAACCAGAGAAUAAUCUAAAUAAUGGGUUUAAUUAAUUCAAUAAUAUAUCUAAUAAUCAAAUGGAUAUAUAAAUAAUAUUAUGAGCUUGUCAAAAUAUCAUAGGUUUUGGAGACAUGAAAGAAUUUUAGAUCCUCAAAUAUUAGCAUAAGCUUAAACAGGAGAUUUACUUAUAUUUCGUACUAGAGGAACACUUUAAAAUUUAUAACGAUCUAUUACUAGAAGUGAUUAUGAUCAUAUUGUAAUGUUUCUUAAAAAUCCUUGGGAAGAUCCAAUGCUCUUUGAAUCUAGUAAUUAAUAUGGAGUCAUCUCCUUUAGUUAUAGUAUUAUUUUUAUAAUAUAUUUUUAGAACGCUUUGUUAAAGCCAAAUCAUACAAAAAUUAUGAAAAGUAAUUAUUCUUUAGAAUUCAAGGAUUCUUUAUAAGCCUUUAUUGAAUGUUUCUGAAAAUGAUCGUCUCUUAAUGUAUGCUUAUGCUGAAGCAUAAAUUGGAAAAGGUUACUCUUUAAGCAUGAUGAAAUUCUUUAAGAAAAGCACAAGAUAAAACUUUUUUUGUUCUGAAUUGAUUGCUUACAUCUAUUAACUUAUGGGAUUUAUACCAGAAACAGAAAAAUGUUGUUCCUUUUUACCAGGUUUCUUAUUUUUGUGUUAAAUAUAGGUAAUUUUACUGAUGAAGAUAAAAGAUUAGAUUUACUUAAAUCUGCUUAAUUAGGACCUGAUUAUAUUGUCGAUUUUUAUUAUCUAUAAUGA